AGUGCAACAAAAUGUUCUGAUAAUACCGUUUCAUGGCUCUAAAGCAAAGCCAAAAGAGUGUUAAGUGUAUUUUUUAAAAGGAAAAUUCUGAAAUCAAAGUUUUCACUGGUACAUGAACGCACCGUGAGCCAGGAGAACGCAGGGACUGACGUCGCAGCACGGGCGUGGACCGCGGCGGCGGGUGCAUCGUGGAAAGUAGGUGGCACUGGAAGGCAGCUUGGGUAAUGAUGGGGGAAGGAGAUGGGGAUGAAAGGCGUGUUGGGUAAUUUAGUUUUUAGCUCAGUCUGGUACUUGGUCUGAAGCAGGAGAACGUGGCUGAGCCGUAGGGGUCUAAACAGUUGGAUAAAUGGCCGUGAACGCACCCUAAAGCACCCACUUCUUUGUGUCCAAGAAGACAGACACUAGAUGUCCCUCUUUUCUUGUGUUUAUACUCUCAACUGUACUUGUUUGUCUGCUGAGAUGUUAAUGAAUCAGCUUUUAACUGAUUAGGAACCCACAGUGGUUGUGUGGCUUAUUGAUUAUGGUCAUAUUGAUGGUGUGUGUAGGAGGGUUUCUGCUUUAGAAAAACGUCAAAAAUACAUUUUUUUUUCUAUUAAAGGAAGGGAAUAAUAACAGUAAUUCUUUGUUUGUAGAUUCAGAUACAGAAAAACUAUUAUUUGUCCCCAGGGGUCAAUUAAAAAGGCACAUAUGGCAGGUAGUGUAUGUAGUGCUAUUUUAUUCUACUUGCUAUAUUCUAAGUUAUUCUUAUUAUUUUGUCCAUCCCUUUAUAAGUGAACACUCAGACUUACAAUCCUCCCAGCUCCCAAAUUGUUAAACUGUCCUGCAAUAAAACUGUAUGCUUCUCUUCAUGUGUGUAGUCACUGGGAGGUGUAAGAAAACUUUUUUUGCGAGGCCCAGCGCUGUGUCAAAGUAAUUGCCUCUGUGGAUGUUUGUAGCUCCAGCUUGGGAGGUAUUUCCUGAUUGGUUGCUGAGAGCAGUAUGGGUCAGUGUGGAAGCCCACGUACAAGCCUGGUCAUUCAGUGGCUGCGAACAGUGCUUGGUUUUCAUCUCACUUACAUGUGGAGGCUCGGAGGCGACUGGACCUGUAGCGACUCUGGGUUGCUAUGGCCGGGUCACUGAUACUGCUUAAUUGUGUACAUGUCGUGUUCAUUUUUCUCCUGCUACAAGUAGGUGAUUGCCUUCAGGUGGAACAAAAUCUCUGUGAUUCAAGUUGUGCUGGAUUUCUUACCUCUGAUUUGCCCUAUCAGAAUGGAGUGAGGUACACUUAUAGGUAUAGUACGACUAUUACCACCACUCUCCAUGGCUCCAGUGCUGGCAGGAAUGGACUGGCUUUGGACUGUGUGGUUGACAUUGACGUGGUGUCCAACUGUCACCUGAUGAUGCAGAUCAGGAAUCCACAGAUAAAGCGGCUUUCCCCUCAAAAGGAGCAUUCUGUGCAGCGUUUAAAAAGCUUGAGGGAGGCGCUGGAGAGAACGCGCCUCAAGGUCUCCCUCCGAGGGGGAAAGGUCACGGCCCUCUGUUUCCAGGAGGGGGAGCAGGUGUGGGCUCUCAACAUAAAAAGGGCUCUACUGAGUAUGCUCCAGACCUCCACCGUGGCCUCCAAACUGGAAUCAGAAAAGGAGACGGAUGUGUAUGGUACCUGCACCAGCAGAUAUGAAAGGCGAGGACCUCUAAUGCUAAAGACCAGAGAUCUGAAACAGUGUCAGCAGUCCAGGCUGGCAAACUUCUGGCCUCAUUCAGUAGCUUUAACUGAAGACACGUCCAUACAGUUGGAGCUGCACUGUGUUCAGCGUCAUGGAUCCACAGUGAUGGAGGAAGUUAACUGCACUGAAACUGUGUCUAUGGCAACAGGGUCUGUCACUACAGGGCUGGUCAAGACCCAAACGGUAUCAACACUUCUCCUGCUCAGAGCCCAGCCAGGGAAUCCUUUCAGAGCAGAUUCCAUAGAUACUGGUGUGCUGACUGACCUGCAGUUCGAGGAUGAAGGACCAGGAAAAUCCAGACCAUCAACACCACAGAAAGCCAGUCAGACUGUCAGGAUGUUAUGUAGCCUCACCUCAGAACCACAACUGGUGUCACAAGAGUUCCUUCAACUGGUGUUCCAGCUAAAAGAUCUGAGUCUAUCUCAACUUAAAACACUUUGGCAAGAAGCUUCUUUCAAGUGCCGCAAUGAUUGGCAGCCGUUGUUGGAUGCAUUACCAGCAUGUGGAUCUGAAAACUGCAUCAUACUGCUGACUGACCUAAUUAGGAACAAACAGCUGGAGGAGGAGCAGGCUCAUUCUUUCCUCACCACCAUCGCCCUCAUCCCUCAUCCAUCCCCACACAUCAUUGGCUCCAUCAAUGCCUUACUGGAGGUGCCAGAGCUGCAGUCCAAAUCCAUGCUGGCGGGAUCAUCUCUUGCCUAUCAGUUGUGUCAGAGAUGUUCCUGCAGUGAACUUCCUCAGGUCCAGACCUUCAUACAGACGCUUGAGAAAACCUUGAAGGAGGGAUGUGAAGGAGAAGAACCCUCUCGGGUGACAGAGCUUUUCUACACGCUGAAAUCAGUGGGAAACGCUGGUUUGUCUGCUUCUACAUUCAUUCCUCUGCUAAAUCGCUGCAUGCUGGACCACUCAACAGCAUUGGAGCUGAGACUCGCUGCCAUCCAAGCCUUUAGACGCUUUCCCUGCUCAGCUGAUAGGUCUGUGCUGUUGCAGCUGUACGUCUCCUCCCAGGAGGAUACUGAGGUCAGAAUCGCUGCAUACCAGCAGCUCAUGCGCUGCCCCGACCAGGACGUGUUUGAAGCGGUGAAGACGACGCUGAGAAACGAGACCUCCAGCCAAGUGGGUUCAUUUGUGUGGAGUCAUCUCACUAAUGUCCUGAGGAGCGAGGAUCCUGUGAAGCAGACUCUAAUCGAGUCACUGCCUGAUGACAUUAUCAGCAGAGAUUUUGAAGCAGAGUUUUUGAAAUAUUCCUCCUAUUCUGACUAUACUGUAGCCUCAGGUAUCGGAAUCAAAAAUGUAGAAACAACUUUGAUUUUCUCCCCAAAAUCGUUUGUACCAAGAUCAGCUUCUGCCAACUUGACUGUGUAUUUUCACGGCAGAGCCCACAACCUUUUGGAAGUGGACCUUCAUGUUGAAAAUGCUGAACCACUUUUCCAGAACCUUUUCAGUCAGCCGGCUGAGAGUGAAGCUGCCGCUCAAAAUGGAAAACAUGAGGCGACAAGGACAAGAAGAAAAACACAUGAUGGCCAUAAAGGAGAAAGAGAAGUGUGUCUAUCCAGCAGGAACUACCUGGACCAGGCCAGAGCGAUGUUGUUUGGAAGAAAGAAAACGGAGAAUGAGCCCAAGUGUUGGGUUGGCGUGAAGGUAUUUGGGAACGAGCUCAGCGUGUUUACGUGCGAAGAUCUCUACAAUCAAAUGAACCACGUGUCACUGAGCGCAGCCGGGCUGGCUGUGAAACUGCUCAAGGGUCAGGAGGUUCAGCUGAACCACAGGGCCGUGCUGAUGACUGAGGAGUUGCUGUUACCGUCUCUGUCUGGUGUUCCCGUCAAACUGGCCAUCAACAUGACCUCCCUGCUUUCACUGCGUCUGAAGGGCAACGUCAGCUACAGGGACACGUCUCACUUCUCCCUCAACGGAUACAUCAAACCCAAUGCCUAUGUGGGGCUGUCGGCCAGGAUGGGGGUGGACAGUGCUCUGGGUCAGGCUGCAGUGGAGUGGGUCGCUGAGCUGAAGAGCUCCACCAGUCUGGAUGGCAGCGUUCAGCUUCAGGAGGGUCGAGAUGUCCGGGUCGCACUAAACACACCAGAGGACCUAAUGGACGUCGUCUCGCUGAGCUCUAGAGUAUUUCAGCUCAGUGGAGACCACAAAGAGGAGAUAAAGGGCCCAAAAAGUCGAGUCCAAAAGACCAGCUGUACACCAAAAACCUGGUCCAAGAUGGUUGGUUGGCAACUCUGCUCCAACGGAUCUUACCCAUCACCCACCACCGGUCUUACUUUCCCCCCUCCAGGACCAGUCCAUCUCUCCCUCAGGCUGCUGAAGCUGGACAGAGGCCUCCACUACUAUCUGCUGGAGGCUGCUUACUCACUGCAUCAUCAGAGAGGAAACUGGCUUCCCAGAGAGGCCUCCAUCCACCUCCUAUUGGCCACUCCUCAGUCCUCCAUCCCCAGGGACGUGUCUCUAGAUCUGGCCUUCAACCCUCACAGAUUUCUGCUGAGGGUAAACCAUCCUCUGAAAACCAUCCACAUACAAGGACAACUUGAACAAGAGAGGAACACCAAGUCAGGGAAGCUGGAGCUCUCCAUAGACGGUGUUCGGUAUUAUGUCAUGGGUUUGGUUGACACGCAGACCCUCCUGUCAGAGCAGAGGACACGCUACCACGCUGAAGCCAAGAUGGCGGCUGAUGCACAUCCCAUGAUCCUCUCUGCUAAUGUGACUCGUGGACUUGGCAGGAAGACCAGCUUUUCUGCUACGGUGAAGAACGUGUUCAGAGAAACUGCAUCACUGUCUGUGGCUCUGGAGCGCCGGCGGGACUCCAGCAGCAGACAGUACUCUGUGGAGGCAGAGCUGCUGUUACCUGGCGUGGUCGGCAGCAGGAUGCUGGGCCUGAUGGAGCAGAGGGGUUCGCUGUGGAGCUCCGUUCUCAGGCUCAAAUAUGGGCUGGGAGGUGAUGCCCGACAGCUGCGACAGGAGUGCUAUACGUCUCAGAGACUGAGGAGUGAAAGGGACUCAAACCACACUUACAUCAUGAGAGCUGAUCAUGAAUUCUACUGCUCCAACACGGCUCCCAUCAACCACAAGAUCCACCUCAGGCAUGAAGAAAGCUCCAGACACAUUAAAUCAGCUCUGGACAUGAGUUACGGCAAACACUGGGACGAGAUAAACAACAAACACACAGUUCUCCUGAGCCAGUCCUUCAAAAACCAGUCCACACAAAAUCACACCAGCUACACUCUAGAGUUCAACCUCCAGGUACCUGAGAAAUAUUUAAACUACAGGACUCAGCUUCUGCACUCCCACCUGACUCAGUUUGGGUCUGAGAGCAGCACGCACUUAAAAAUCAACUACAACAACCUGAUGCCGCUGGUGGCUGGAUUACACUGGAAGAGCCCUCCGAAAGAUGCCCUGCAGAAGAAAUGGGAAGGCUCAUUUAACAUGGACACACCGUGGCUGCACAUUUACACCGCCCACAAGCUGAACCAGCUCCUGCGCCACACACUCCAGAUCACCUCAGAGCUGACUGCCAGCAAGUGGUUGACCAUCCGUAACCUCGUCCUGGAGGGUUUCUACAGGGACAGGGGCAGAGAGAGGGAGGUCCGUCUGGAGCUCUACACACCAGCUGCCACCUACGUCCAAGUCGGGGUGUGGGGUGUGGUGGGGAAACGCAAUCUAAAGGCCUCUGGCUCCUUGAGCUCAUUGUGGACUCAUCCUCUGAGAGCAGACGUCUCUCUGGAGGCCUCUAAACUCAGCCACACCCUGCACAUGGCCUCCACCUACGGCAAGCACAAUGUCAGCUUUGCCGCUGCCCUGAACAUUGCUGAUAAGAGUUUGAAAAAGAGGCAAGUGACCGUGAAGAUGACCCUGUCAAAGCCGAAGAGUCCAUCCACUGACCUGGAGUUUGAGGGAGCGGUGGAGGAGCUGAGGAGGGACAAGAAGAUGUAUCAGAAGACUGCAAUGCUCCAGCUUCGACAGCCCUUUCAGAGCUUCCCUCAGACUCUUCUCCUGAGGGAGACCUUCACCGUCGACCUCCUGAAAGGUCUUUAUAUCCUGGAGUCUAAAGCUGGUUUCCAUGGCAACAGAGAGGUCAUCCAUACCCUGACUCUGGGCUACCAACCACCAAGCCCUUUUGUUUGCUCCUCACUGACUCAUCCCUUCAGCUCUGAUACUGUUCCAUCAGACUCCGAGAUCUGUGUGACUGUUACCAGCAACCAGACCCACAAAGAUGUCCGAGGGAGGUUGCGAGUUGGGAGCAAAGAGAGACUAACUUUCUUUGGCCAAGUUCAGCUGAAUCCUUUGCAUUCAAGUCACCAAGCAAUAAAAGUUAAAGCCAACUUCCUCCAUCAGCUCCAGCUGCAGCUCCCCUCCUCUGCUAUAAUGGAGGGAGAUGUAUGUUGGACUCCUAAAAACAACAAUGACUUUCAUUAUCAGGCCAGAGGGAAACUGAGAGUGGAGCGACAGGAGUGUAAACUUUCUGUGCAGCUGAACGGAACAUCAGGCAGAGUCGGUCUGUCUUCAUCUCUCAGUCACCCCUUCAAAUCAAAGCUUCCCAAAACGUUAGAGGUGAAGGCUACUGCAGAUGUCUCCACGGUGCCUGGUAAAGGGAGCAGCUCGGUGCAUGUGAAGGCUGAUGGGAAGGACAGGAUGAUGCUGAAUGCCCAAACGUCUCACUUCAUCCAAGGGGAAAACAGAGCCGUUGGACUGAGGCUGAACUUAACCCAAAACCUGCUGCCUUCAGCCACUGAGCUGCAUGUAAACCUGGCUGCCAACAUGUCCUCAGACAGUGUGUUUCUACGUGGCUCCUUCACACAGGGGCAGGAGGCUCUGCUGGCUCAGGUCAAAGGGUCUCUGAAAGACUUGCAGGGUCUCCAGCUGGCUGUUUCAGGGGACUUGAGGCACACUAUGAGCAACCUCAACAUUCUGCCUCCAGUCCUGGGGUUGGAUGGGGCAUUGGGGCAGUCUGAUGCUUUAAUCGAAGGACAGCUGAGAGUUAGAGUGAUGGAAACUGUGUACAGUGUGGAGAUGAGACAUCACCAGGAUCCUGGAGAAGUUUUGGCUGGAGAUGAUUUUGAAGAAGGUGUUAAGGGAAAAAUGUCCCGUGACUGGCUUUGUGUUUGGUCAGGCGUGGAGCAUUUGUGUGUGAAUGUGAGCCGCCAGCUGUGGAAUCAAAGGAGUGGAGAAGUCUAUGCAAGACUCUCUCACUCAUUCCACCUGCUCAACACCACAGGUGUACCUGCAAACAGUAGCGCUCAGGUGAAGUGGUCCCAGAAUGGUGGUCAGCUGUCCAUCCUGGCAGAAUUGCAGGCUGGACGUGAACAUCUUAAAGCUGAGUUUCAUGGAGAAAGAACCGACCAUCUUAUCCCCCAGUGGCAAUACUCCUCCAGGCUGCAACACCAUUUCAAAGCCCUGCUGGAAAGAGGCCUACCAAACUCUUUUCAAGCCAAAGCACAUUAUCAGUUAAAAACAGAUAAACUGGACACAGGACUGACCCUUUUCAUGGAAGAUGCCAGGAUGGUUGACAUUCUCCUUAAUGUUGGAUCAAAAAACAAAACAGCUCUUUUGGUAGCAUCACUAUGGCAACAGAUUCAGUUGCUUGAGGGAUUCAUACCAACGUCUUUACAGAUGAACUGCACAGGGGACGCCACUGCAGACCGACUCUCAGCUCACUGCUAUGGAAAUGUGGCGGAUCGCCCUGUGGAGACUCUCCUGCCACCACAGACCUCAGUCAACAUCUCAAUCACCCGUUCUGGCUGUUUCACAAAUCUCAGAACGCUUCUCCAGGCUGACGGGGAGCAGAAAGGCAGUCUUAACUUUUCCUUAACUUGUCACCCUCACCUUAGUCUGAGGGCAUCUGUACGCCACUCUAUAGAGGCAAUAAAGAUGCUGCAAUUUCCCACCCAUGGAGCACUACUACUGAAUGUCUCACCUGCACUUGUGCCCGUGAAUGUUGGUCUGGAGCUUGGACGGUGUAAUUUUAGGGGUAAUUUGCGGAAAAUCAAGGCUUCACAGACAGAAGCUGAGGAGUCUUCUUACUCCGUCAAUGUGACCAGCUACUGUCCUUCACUAGAGAGGACGGUCCUCCCUGUGUCCUUGGCUCUGCAGGGCCUCCUGUCAGCUGCUCCUUGCCAGCUGACGGUGUCAUCCUCUGUAAAAGCAGACAGCCAGGAUCUCUCUCUAGAGUUGCAUCAACGCUGCAGGACUCCACAUCUCACCGGGACCCUCACCCACUCCUUCUCUGGUCUGAGCAGUAAGGGGCUGCCACAGAUCAUCUCCAUAGAGGCUACAACUCCUGGAGACCCUGGGCAGGCUGGAGCUCUAUUUAUUAAAGUCGGAACAUGUAACAUCAGAGCCAACAGGGUCAUAGAGGGCAGAGGACAGACGCAGUGGUUAUGGGCUCUGGAGUCGACAUGCCCAAUGUUACAGGCUCACAUGAAUGGCUCAGUAUUGCUGGAUCAUCGGGGGAUCUGGACGGCCAUGUUGGACUCAGAUCUGGAGGGCAGAAGGGGUUUCCUGAAGCUUCAUGCCAGCGCCUGGCCAGAGCUGAGUGUGGAGGCUGAGCUCGGCCAUGACCUUCCUGCUCUCAGAGGUCUGCCAAAGACCGGCCGGCUGAGAGUCUCCAGCAGGUCUGGAAAACUACAAUAUGAUGCUGAAGCCUUUGUUCAGGUGGAAGAGUGCGCUGUUGGGGCCAGUGGUGCUGUGGGGUCACAGUCUGGCCUGCAGGGGUCGCUGUUGUAUCACAACAACUGCACAGUGAUUCAGGAGUGGGGCAGUCCAGAGAAGGUGCAGACUUCUGGGUCCCUGGUUUUCUCUACAACCUUUAUUAAAUCUCAGGUCUCCAUGACGGUGGAUGACACCGAGUUACAGACUUUAAUGUCCGUCAAAAAAACAAAGGAUAAAAGUGAAGCGUCACUUUAUCUAAACCACUCCAUGCCGCUGUUGAAGAAGCUGGGUUUCCCUGUGAAGGCUGCACUAGCGAUGAACUCUGGGAGUCACAGCAAUGGUUCAUACUUUUAUGUAUUCAACAGCAGUGGGGGAAGUCAAAAGUUCAGUCAAGAGAUGACAGUGGAGAAGACGUCUGAGACAGUGAGAGUAAAAAGUCAUUUGAGACACUCGGUGAAUUAUCUUAAGAAACUGGGAGUCCCUGCAAACAACAGCAUCCAGGUGGAGCUCGGUGCUGCUGAGGGGAAGACGUUGACCUUACAGUCCCAGCUGGGCGGUCACCUGGCAGGACUGAGAUUUAAGAUGAAAAAUUUUCCUGUAGUCAAAGAAGUAAGAGGAACCAUGUGGCACAGCUGGUCGUGGCUCCAUGACACAGGACUGCCUCUUAAUAUGGAGGCCCUGUGUUCCAUCCAGGGAGUCUUAUCCCAGCUCCAGUCCAGGGUUCAGCUCACUGUGGACGGACACAAGCUGCUCACCUCUGGCCUGAACAUCAGUGGUGCUGAUGGACGUCUGUCUGCACGCCUUUUCUACUCUCCACCGGCUUUCAAUCAAACAAGGAUACAACAGAAUCUGGACACUGUGCUGACUGCUCAGUUUAAGGGUCCUCUACGUAGCGCCUCAUUAGAUAUUAACCGUCAGGACUGGAGGGUCCGAGUCAUGGGGGACGUUGGAGGCUGGGGGUCACAUGGAGGCACUAAGGAGGCCAGAGCCACACUGAAACACACCGUCCAAGGACAAGCUAGUCCUGCCCUACAGGUGGAGGCCUGGGGACGACUGACAGAGUCUCAGCUGAGAUGCUCCAUGGCUGUAAACCCUGAACUCAGCUCCUCAUUGGCUCUCAUAGUUCAGGGACACCACACUCCACACAGCAAGGACCUGAUGGUGAAGGUGGUCCAGAACAUCCCUCAAAUGUUGGUCUACCUGCCGUCUCAGCUCAACAUCAGAUCACAGCUGAACCAGUCUCAGUCCAGUGUGGCGGGUCUGCUGGAGGUGUUGUCAGGCCGGAGGAGGCUCUGGACUCUGGGGGAGCUGGCAGCCAUUGACAGCGGAUACAGACAGGCGUUGGAGGUCAAACACUCGUACCCACAGCUGAAGCCGCUGCCCAGGACCAUCGCGUUGAGGACGGUGUACGAAGCCAGAAAAUGGAGCUACCAAGUCCAGCAUGCAGCUGUGUGGGGCAACCAGGAGCUGAGCCUGUCUGGUCUGUAUUCUGCCCCUCCAGCACCAGAGACCGGCAACCAGACACUGAAGGUUCAGAUCACCUGUGUUCCCCGUCUGACCAGUUUGGAGGUGACACUGGAAUGCUCCCCCCACGGUCGAUUGGACAGCGUCGUACUCGGCUGGACGAGGCACGGACAACUGGAGCAGGUCAAAGCUCUCAGUUUGUGGAGUCGCUCCGAGGAGACGAAUGAGACGAAGCUGGAGCUGAAACAGCCUUUUUCCUCCACACUCAGUCAGCUGUCACUGCACACACUGACUCACAACUCACAGAGGGAACAACACAGCAGCCACCAGACUCAUCUGUCCUGGGAGAGUGCAGUUCCUGUCAACGUCUCCCUGAGCCUGAACAAACAGUGGCAGACCAACUCCAGCAGGGGGCAGGCGUGUGUUCUGCUGUCAGCACAGCGGAUGGAAGUGUCCUCUGUUAAAGGUUGUGUGUCAGUGGGUCAGGAGGGAAACUCGUAUAUGCAGAAUGCAGAGUUAAGAUGGGACCACAGGAGUGUCAAACAAGCCAUGAAGUACCAGAAAGGCCCGCGGGGACUGCACAGCCUUCAGGUUAAUGUCGGCCUGGACAGAGUUUCUCCUGUGCCUUGUUCUUCACACACACUUCUGGCAAAGGUUCAGACCAACCUGAGGGACCGUGUGGAGCACACUGUGCUGCUGGGCCUCUGCCCCCCACAGCCUACUCUGUCGUGGUCGGGGUCCCACAGGGUGAACUCAGGAGAGGAGAUGUUUUACACUCGCUCUCGCCUUUCGGUGACGGGACGACCGAACCAGUGCAGCUUCACCUUCGCCAUCACCAACUCGUCCACCGCUCAGAGGACCAACAUGACUCUGUUCUCUGAGUCCAGGAUGGGUAACUGGAGUGUGAAGGUUGGAGGUAAUGCCUUGUCUUGGCCCCGAGGCUCAGGUCUCCAGGUUCAGGCCACACUGGACCACAGAGAGAAGAUCUGGCUGAACGGGACAGUAGAGGGACAAUGUGUUCAGACCACAGCCGGCUAUGUGAACGGUCCAGACCACAGAGAGGAUCUCACUGUAGCAGCAUGUGUGGGAUCUGAUCACACUUUAAAGCUGGAUGUGCAGAAAAGAGACGGCAGCAGCGUGUCUGAACCUCUGGCCAGCGUGUCUCUGGGAGCAGAAAAUCAGAGGCUGAUGCUGAGAGCGAGCGGCUGUUUGGAGAGUUUAGCUGCAGCGGAGGAGCGAGUUCACUAUUUGAGCUCUCGGAUUCAGAAGAAACUUCUAGAGAGAAUCAAGACAUUACAGCAUCUUCUCACAGAAUUUAGACGACAGUCCAGAGACAGCCAGCUGCUCCAGGAGUUGAGCGCUGUGCCUCUUCAUGUGUCACAGCGAGUUGAGGCUCUGCUGAUGAACAGAAACAGAGGUUUGUUGGCUGUCUGGCAGAGCAGCUCCUUGCGUCACGUCUUGACCGACAGCCUGCCUCGUGUCCUGAGUCUGCUGCAGCACGCCUCGCUGCUGGGACAGCAGGAACUGAGGAGGCCUCUAGCCACUCUGGCAGGUGUGUACCAGGAUUUGAAGGGCCAGCGGCUGGAGGCCAUGUGGAGGGAGGCCGUGCUGUCGUGGGCUGACGGGGUAGUGGAGCUUCUGCCUGUUCUGCUGGAGAACCCUCAUCUGAGGCCGCUGUCACAGGCUGGAGUCACCACAGUCAGCGUCGCCUUGGACCUGGCAGGCCAGCAUACCUACCAGUGGAUUGAGACCCGGCUGGCCACGGCUCUGUCUGGAGUCAGGAAGCGACUCGCCUCUGUCUACAAAUUCUCCCCGGGGGAAUGUUCAGCCAUCGUGUCAGUGCCGAUGCCACCGCUUCCCUGGUCCAGGAUGGCUGGAGCUGGGCUGAUGGAGGUUCUUCUAGAGGAGUGGCUCCUGAAGCCUCUGCUGAGCGUCGCCUCUGUGAGACCCACGGCCGAACUCUAUCGUCUCAAGAGGAAAAUCAUGGACAGCCCAUUUGCACACCAAGCUUUGUUGGUGGCCGAUCAGUUUGUAGUGACGUUUGAUGGUCACUUGUUCGAGCUGCCAGGUUCAUGUCCGCUGCUGCUCGCCCAAGACGUCAACGCUGAGCCCUCAUUCACGCUGCUGCUCAGUCCAGAUCCACAGAGCUUCCUGCUUGUACAGAUGAAUAACAGCACUGUCAACAUUCAGCGCAAUGGACAGGUGAAGGCCGACUGCAACGCCGCAGUGUCCCACAUAUUUCACAGUGAUGAUGGAGUGGAUGUCAGGAGAAGGUCAAACGUGGUGCAGGUGUCCAAUCAGAACGGAGGAUCACUGUCAUGUGACCUGUCGCUUGAAGUGUGCAGCUUCACCCUGGAAGGAUGGCUUCAUGGUGCAUCUACUGGUCUGUUUGGGACCAACGACAAUGAUGCAGGGAAUGAUUUUCCUUUGGGUGACGGAUCUCAAGCUGAGAAUUUGGAGGAUUUUCUCAACAGCUGGCAGAUGAAGCCUCCGUGUAUUAAACCUCCAGCUGCAGCAGAGAUUUUAUCCAAAGCAUCCAGGAGCCCAGUGAGCUGCCACUCUCUGUUCUCUUCUCCCGAUUCUCCGCUCAGCUCCUGCUUCAGGGUGGUGGAUCCAGGUCGGUUCUUGUCGGUGUGUGAGUUCAGCUCCCACAGGGCGCCCUGCAGAUUGGCGUCUGCUUUUGUUCAUCUCUGUCAACAGAACUACAUACCACUGGAGCUCCCUGUCCAGUGCAUUAAAGCAUGAAGGACAGACGAGCAGAUGAAGAGCAAGUUAUGGUCUCUGUUAGCUGCUAAAAUGGACAAACGCAAACACAUAUACCACUGGUUGUGCCACAUUACUUCUAUUUUGUACUUUAUUGUAUAGUUUUACCUCCUGUCGUGUACGCUUUUGUCCUGUUUAGAAGUGCAGGUGUUACACCAAUAAUGCGAAUGUGAACAUACUAACUAUAGCAGGUAGUUUAUUAAUAUUCAUUAGGCUUCUUUUUUUGUAUUUUCUGUGGUGUGUGGUAGAAACACUGAAGAUACUAAGACUGACUUUAGUGCAACCACAGUUACUAAUCCAUCACAACUGAGUCAUAAAGACAUCAACGAAUAUUUUUAUACAGUUUGACAAAGUGCAUUUAUUACAUUGUUGGAUACUA